AUGCUUGAACUCGUACAGUAUGGAGCAGUUGAGUCUGGAAACUUCAAGAAUGGAGGUUUCAACAAGCUGGAGGCUCUGAUGGUGAAUAAGAUACCUGGUUUUCCACUCAAGGCUAACCCUCAUAUCAAAUCAAGACAUCGGUUCUUCAAGAGCAAAUAUGUAGCCAUAUGUGAAGUUCAAACUGGGAGCUGUAGUGGGUUUGGAUGGGAUGAGUCAAGGAAGUGUGUGGUGGCUGAUGAUGAUGUCUUUAAGAAAUGGCUUAAGUCACAUCCUAAUUGUGCAGGCCUCAACAAGAAACCUUUCCACCACUUUGAUCAACUAGCAAGGAUUUUUGGGAAGGCUAGAGCAAUGGGUGGUGAAGGUGAAGCUACUGCCAAUGUUGAUGAUUCGGACACUGAUGACGAAGCCAUGAAUGUCAUGAACGACAUGGAUGAUGAAACUAGCCAGCGGGUGUUGGAACAAAUGAUCAAUGAAGGCGUUAAUCACAGGACCAUACUGCAAGAGCAACAAGAAUCUGGACUUACAAGGACAUCUCCUCCAACUGGAAACAAUAAGCGAGCUAGGAAUGAAGCAGCCAAGAGUGCUAUUGCAAGUGAGAUAUCAAAGUUGCAGCCUAUAAUGGAGCAAACUACUAUGAACAUUGAGAGGAUUGCAAAUAGCUUCUACAAAGAUGAUGAGCUAACAGUGAAACGGGAAAGUUUGUAUGAUGAGCUGUCAAAAAUGGAAGGACUAACAAGUGACCAAGUCAUCUCAGCUGCGAUGCUUCUUUUCAAGGAUGACAGGAUGGCACAACUGUACUAUCAGCUGCCAGAAGUAGAGAGAAUGACUUUUCUUCUUCGGAUGAUCAACUGA